UUUAAUAUUUGCUGUGAUAUGGUUGCAGUGAUAGCCAGCACAGAUACAAAAUAUUUCAGGGAUUUCUUUGAGUGACAAAGAGUGCCUGUAGCCCAGCAUUUUCACUACCCAAGGAAGGCAGUAUGUUGAAGUCAGUGUGUCAAAUUUUAGGGUAUUUGCUCAACAACCUGAAGGCAUAAUACAAAAAAUGGUUUCUAUGGUGACCCCUUUCAACUGAUUGUUAAGUGAUCUUAAUCUAAAUACAUACAUACAUACAUAUAUACAUAUAAGCAUUCAAUUGGGUGCACUAUCUGAUCUUGUUCCUUUUAUUUCAUGCUAAUUCUUUUUUUGGAUCUUGGCCCUUUCUCUAGAUAUCACAUCAUCCGUCAUACAAUUGAUACCUUUACACGUGAAACAAAAUGUAAUGAUUGUGUCAAUUGUAAUACAACCACACUCAUUUAAGAGGAGCUGUUCACCCACACGACUGUCACAUGGAGGAAAACUUACUAGUGAUGGACACAAUGCAGCUGUGUCGAUAGACAUUGUGAAAAUACCUGGGCUGUGUCUGAAGUCUUUCAUUGUUCUGAGUCUGAGUGCUUAACAAACCAAACCCCUGAAUUUCUGCAUUGCCCAAAUAAAAAAGAAAGAAAAAAAAAAAACGCUGGAGAAAUCUUUCAGACAUUCGAUCCAGCCCAGCUACUGGUUCUUUAAUGUACCUGUACCAUAUAUACCUUCUCUUUGGUGCUUUUAGGGACUUUUCAGCAUUAGCACACAAUAAAGUGAGGUCUAUAAUGAAUCUGGUACAAAUAUAUUACAAUAUGGAUUACUAUUAUUACCUUUAAGAAAGUGCAGUAUAAUGCAAUACUUUGGGUAGCUUUUCAAUGCUGUGGUACUAAACAAAUAUAAUGGGUCAUUUAUAGAGCUACUGUUGCAACUAUGAUGUGACCAGUACAGUAACUCGACUCUUAUUUCAGUGUGAAGACUAGGAGCAGGAAGGAGUUUCAAAAGUUACCAAAAACAGCACUUUAAAACGAUCUGUAUAUUUGCAGCAUGCACAUCCUUAUUUCAAUUGCUUUUUUGAAGUUCCCUCUUCCACUUGGUUCCCCCCAGCCGUGGGCCUGCAGUUGCUGAUUCGCCCCCUUCAGCUCAUUUGCAUUGACGUCUGUAAAGGCUGUAGGUCAAUCCUUGCGGGUGCUUUUAUUGGAUCUGCCGCUGUCAAGCAGUGCUGAAGAAUUGGAAGGGCAAACAUUCGAAAGGCAGAGAAAGACUCACUGAAAAAAAAAAAAAAAAAGAAAGAAAAACAAGCCAGCAUUUUGUGGCUGAUUUAAAAAAAAAAAAUUUAAACACUGGCCUCCAUUUGUUCCGCAAUUUGAAACCUUAAAAGAAUGCCGAGCAGUCUGUGUUUUGAAUCCAUUCUUCAUCGGUGGUACUACAUGAUAAUUUGACAGCCUUACAUAUUUUUGUAAAAAAAAAAAAAAAAAAAAAUGGAAGGCCUUUGAUGCAUUAUAUGUAAUCUUUUUUUUUUCUUUUUGCUCCUGCAGUUUGUCAUUUUUAUUAAUAUUGUUAAGAAACGAAACCCGCGAAUCUGAAUGGAGGUUCUUCAAACAGAAGCUCCUUUUCAGUAAUUAUGAUUUCUUUGGCAAUUGAAUGGAAUGUUUGGUUGGACUGAAGGUUUUUUUUUUUUUUUUUUUUUUUUUUUUUUUUUUUUUUUGUGGGGGGGGGGGGGGUCUUCAAUCCAGAACCGUUGCCAAGAGGAAUAUUGUGUGAAUUUAAAUAGCCUGCUGAUGGAAACGAUGGUACGAUGAAGUGGAAAAACGAUAGUAAAAACAGGUUUAAACCCUGUGGGUUAAAAUUAGAGAGCAUAAACAGAAACCAAUAAAGAAAAAAAAAAAUAACCACAGCAAAGAAGAACAUAUUUUUGUCUCCGGGAUGUGGAGGAAGAAAACAGCAACAAAUCUUGGAAAAUAAUGGAUAAACGAUUGCUAAAGGGGUAAAACUGUGCAAUUAAGGACAACUGAAAAGUAUAGAGGGGGUAAAUAUACUGCGUACGACUUAAUAAUAAAGAUAGAAAUGCGUAUAACUGAAAGGCUGAAAAAAAUGAACCGCUGUGGUUUUGAAUAGAUGCAUUUGCAGAAGAAGUGUCUGUUAUAUAUGCGCUGAAUGUUAUCAUUAACUUUAAUGUAAAAAAAAAACAAAAAAAAAACGGAAAGGAAAUAUAUUUCCUGGUGGGGGAAAGAAACGGGAAGAUAAUAUAUUAUUCAUGGUCUCGGGAAGAAAAACGGGAAAGAUAAUUUCGCCUUGGGAGGUUAAAAGCAAUGGAUAGAAGAUCCACGUAAAAUAUUAAUUAUAAUAUUUUGGAAGAAAAAAAAAAAAAAACAUCAACGACAUAAUCAGUAGUCAAGGUGAAAAAAGAAAAGUACAUUUGGCAAAACGUGCAUUGAAGCAUGGGCUGUGCUUCAAGCAUUCACAUCUCAGAAAGCAGGGUGGUCUAUCACAGUGGAAAAGAGUCAGAGGAUUCGAACUCACCCCACCAGACCAACACCACGGCGACUCCGUCUCAGCAAGAGCAAGGAAAUCCAGUCCCAGGAUUGUUUAUUAAAUCCUCGAGCACAUCCACUUACAAGGCAGCGUUUACUGAGGUGCAGUUUGGCCCAAUGAAGCUCCACGUGGAUCAACUUCAGGUACUUUUAGUAUUUGCCAAAGAAGAUAGCCAGAGCAGUGGAUUUUGCUGGGCAUGUGAGAAAGCUGGCUUCCGGUGUAACAUUGCCAAGACACCCGAAUCUGCACUGGAGAGCUUUCUAGAGAAGCACCAUGACAUCAUCAUCAUUGAUCAUAGACAUUCCAGAAGCUUCGAUGCGGAAGCGCUGUGUCGGUCAAUUAGAGCAGCAACAUCUUCAGAAAAUACAGUCAUUGUUGCAGUAGUUAGAAGGCAGGAUCGAGAAGAUGCCUCUGUUAUGCCACUGCUUAACGCUGGAUUCAAUAGGAGAUACAUAGAAAAUACCAAUAUUAUGACCUGUUACAAUGAACUUCUUCAGUUGGAGCAUGGGGAAGUCAGGGCACAGUUCAAACUAAGGGCAUGCAAUGCUAUCUUCACAGCACUAGAGCAAAGUCAGGAAGCCAUUGAAAUCACAAGUGAAGAUCACAUGAUCCAGUAUGUAAACCCUGCCUAUGAGUCCAUUAUGGGAUACCAGCAAGGGGAACUUCUAGGGAAAGACAAUACAGAAGUGCCUAAAAGUGAGAACAACAAAGCUGACCUCCUCGAUGCCAUUAAUUCUUGUAUAAAGAUAGGAAAGGAGUGGCAAGGGAUUUAUUAUGCCAAAAAGAAAAAUGGAGAUAGCAUACAACAAAAUGUGAAGAUUACACCUGUUAUUGGACAGGGAGGAAAAAUUAGACACUAUGUGUCUAUUAAAAGGCCAUUACAUGACAACAAUAAGGCUGAGAAAUCAAGUGAGCGUGUCCAGGCUGAAUCUCAGACAGAUAUCCAGUCUUGCAAGCACAAGGACAGAAGGAAAGGCUCGUUAGAUGUCAAGUCAACCACUUCACGGGGGAGUGACGGCAGUUCACAGCGAAGGCACUCAUCAAUGGCCAGGAUCCAUUCCAUGACAAUUGAAGCGCCCAUCACAAAGGUAAUAAAUAUCAUAAAUGCUGCACAAGAAAGUAGCCCAAUGCCUGUAGCUGAAGCCUUAGACCGCGUGCUGGAGAUUCUGCGGACCACAGAGCUCUACUCGCCACAGUUUGGGGCUAAAGAUGAAGAUCCACAUACAAGCGACCUUGUUGGUGGCCUUAUGACAGAUGGUUUGAGGAGGUUAUCAGGGAACGAAUACCUCUUGGCUACAAAACAUCCCCAUCAUAUCCCCAGUCACCUGAUCACUCCACUGUCUCUCAAUGACAUCCCACCCCGCGUAGCCCAGACCAUGGAAAAUGAAGACUCCUGGGACUUUGAUAUUUGUAAGCUGGAGGGUGCAACAAUCAAAAGGCCUUUGGUUUAUCUUGGUCUCAAAGUAUUUUCUCGCUUUGGAGUCUGUGAAUUCUUAAACUGCUCCGAAGUAACUUUAAGGUCUUGGCUACAAGUGAUCGAAGCAAAUUAUCAUCAAACAAACUCCUAUCACAACUCCACGCACUCAGCCGACGUACUGCAUGCAACAGCCUAUUUCCUUGGCAAAGAAAGGGUAAAGCAAAGUCUUGACCAGAUUGAUGAAGUAGCUGCCCUCAUCGCUGCCACUGUCCACGACGUGGAUCACCCCGGAAGGACAAACUCCUUCCUGUGCAAUGCAGGAAGUGAGCUGGCUAUUCUCUAUAAUGAUACAGCUGUGUUAGAGAGCCAUCAUGCAGCGCUGGCCUUCCAACUCACCACACGAGAUGAAAAGUGUAAUAUAUUUAAAAACAUGGAGAGAAAUGAAUAUCGAACACUCCGGCAAGCCAUCAUCGACAUGGUCCUGGCAACUGAAAUGACAAAGCACUUCGAGCACGUCAACAAAUUUGUAAACAGCAUUAACAAGCCUUUGGCAGCACUGGAAGAGAAUGGGGCAAAUGGGGAUGUCGACUCUGUCAAAAGCAUCUUGACAUCUCCUGAAAACCGUAUUCUCGUCAAACGCAUGUUAAUAAAGUGUGCCGACAUCUCCAAUCCCUGUAGACCACUAGAGCUGUGUAUUGAAUGGGCAGGGCGCAUUUCAGAAGAAUACUUUGCACAGACUGAUGAAGAAAAAAGGCUUGGCCUCCCUGUGGUAAUGCCUGUUUUUGACAGAAACACAUGUAGCAUCCCCAAAUCACAGAUAUCCUUCAUUGAUUACUUCAUAACAGAUAUGUUUGAUGCUUGGGACGAAUUUGCAGACCUGCCCAAUCUAAUGCAGCACCUGGAUAACAACUUCAAGUACUGGAAAGAACUGGAUGAAAAGAAGCUACGGAGUCUUCGACCUCCACCUGAAUAAGGAACCAGGCCCCUCCGACUACACAUUCAUUAACAUAAUAGGUGGCCACCAGAGACCUCCCUUGUUCAUGAUGAUACAGACUGUUUCUGUUAUGGCAAUAUCACAGUGAGACCAGACCAGGUGUACCUUAAAACUAUAGACUUAUCAUUAACUACAUACAACAAUGUUUUUAAAAAACAAAAGAAGCAUUUGCAACUGGUUGCUGCGGCCUGUGACAAUCCUAAAGAUUUUAUGGUUCAGGUGACAAAGGAUUCCUGCUGUGUAUACCUGACUCAGUAUCGCCGGGCAAGCACGCCAGGUGGAAAAACAAACAAACAGAAACAAGUGUUGUCCUGACACAGGUUUCAAGAAAGUAAUGAUGAAGGAAUGGAGGUAAGUGUUGUCUAUGGGACUGCUGUGGCCUGAUACAAGGCUAGGACGACACAGUUUGAAGAAAUUACACUGAAAGAAGCCAUGAGUACUGUGUACAUACUGUACGUGUUAAGUUCACAUAAUUAGGUUUUUACUUUUUAAAGGUGCAAACACUUCAAAACUAUUGUGCUACACUCCAUCUUCAUUUUAAACUUCUCCGUUCUCACUGUUUCUCAUAAACAAGUCUACUGAACCACAUCUCCCAAGACCCAAAGGAGCAGUUGUGUAGAGUCUGCGAAGAUGGGCAACUGUAUAAAAGAAGAAGCUAUUUAAGCUUUCCAAACUUGAUCAUUAGCAUUUAUGAUUUAGACUUUUAUUGAUUUUAUUUAUUUUGUUAGAUGUUCAAUAUUUUCUAUGAAUUUAUAAAAACUGAAGAAAAAAAGCCAAAGCUGACUUUUAAAAGCAUCACAGUUUUACGAGUCAUAUCCAUACCUAUACAUUUUAUUGAUGUAUAGACCUUUUAUUUUCAUAAUGCAAAUACAAAAUGACACAUUUCUAUUGCACUGUAAGAAUAGAUGCAUAUGUUUUAAUAUUUUGUCCAUUACUUGGGAUGGUGUAAUUAGGAAUAAGCUGUUUCCUCCUAAGGGAGUGGAAAAUGUAUGCAUACACACUGAAGCUGUGAUUAUCCCAGCCGUGCACCUUUCGGGUAACAUUGUAACCUUCCCAGGUCUCAAUAACAGGAGAACUAACUGUAAAACAUCCUUAGAAUUCAAAGAUUUUUCUCCCCAGAUAUUUUGUAUAAGAUAUCCUACUGAAAGACUGCCUUAUUUUAUACAAUAUUUAUACAAUACACCUGCAGUGUAAAUUAAAGGAAUAUUUGGAUUUUUUUUAACCAUUUAGAGAAAAAAAAAACUAUUUCAUGAAUCUCAACAUUUUUAUCGUCUAUGUAUUUUCCAGUAAAGAGAGGGGAAAAAGGUGAACACAAGAUGUUUGUAAAAAUGUUUGACUAAAACAUUGGAAGGGCAUUUAAGAUACACAAGUUAAAAUAACAUAUGUAUAUUUUCAGGUGUUUAAGAAUGAAAAGGAGUCUAUUGGUACAAAAUACCAGCCUUGGCGUUUAUUACCAGUUUUGAUUUUGACGAUUAUUAAUAUUUUAAUUUCUUAUAAUUAAUAAGAAUUCUUAUAUUUCCAAGUUUAAAUAUGUGUUUUAUUUUUUUAUUUACUGGUACCCCAACACCUUACCACUUAUUUCAAACUAACUGAAAAAAAAAAACAGCUACUUCGAAGGCUAAUGUCAAAUUGAAAACCGUGUGCUGUUACACUGGUGUCGUCUUCACUCCACAGUGUGGGUCCAUUCAGUGGUAUUUUGGGUUUUAACAGAAAUCCGCAUUUUGUUGACACCUGAGCAUAAAAUGAAUGAAUAUGCCAACUUUGGAAGAUACAUACCUGAUUGUAAGUUUGUCAGUACACUUCACAAAAGAUCGUUUCAGCAGUGAAAUGGCAAACAAUACACUUGUAUUUUAAAGGAAAAACAACAUAACGUGGUUUUGGUUUUGAGUUGAAUCAUCAGAUACUCUGUUUAGUAAUGGAAUGAGGUUGUGUCACUUAAAUUUUCCCUAAACACUUUCACUGCUGACCUGUGGGCACUUUAAAGAACUCCUAAACACUCCAGACCUGUUGCACUGGCCCAGUCUUAAGUGUGCUUCCAUAUGUAUUUUUUUCAUGUUACUUCGUGGAGAAAGAGUUAAAGAUACAAAAACAAAACCGACAGAUUCCUGGAUUUACUAUAUUACUAGAAAAAUGACAACAGAACAGAAGUCAGCGUCUGAAGACACCAAGCACUGCAAACUGGAACUGGUAAAGACAUUGCAUUGUCACCAUAAGCAAACCAUCUAUGAAGAAGAUUUGAAAACGAUGCAGAAAUCAACAGCAGGUACAGGUCAAUAAGAGGUGACCCUCAGCAGUGCCCUUGCAGUUGAGCAGUCCCAAUCUAAUCUUCAAUGUUAACAGAAUGGUUCCUGUUCCAAUGGGAAAUGGUAACAAAAACACAAUAAUGAACUACUGGCAGAAUAGUACCACAUGGUAAUGGAAUGAACCCAUACACACUGGUAAUCCCUCACAAUACUCUGGUACAACUAUCAGGACCACUGUGCUGUA